CAAACUUCUCUCAUCCAGCGAGAGCUCAGCUCAUGCCACCUUCACGUCAGGAUCGGCUCGUCCCGUCUCAUCUGUAGGUCGGGCAUCAGCGGUGGCAUCCAGACUGGCAGGGGUGAGAGAUGGAAACUGAACGACCCUGGCAUCUGAGACACGAGGUGGACACGGCCACGUCACCGGCGCUAGCCCGCGUGGCCCUGUGCGCUGGUACCCACGGCAAUGAGCUGGCGGGAAUUUACCUGCUCCGAGAGAGGAUGAGGAGGAAGAGGAGGGGUGGAGCGCCGGAGCCUGUUACCGUAGUUACAGUGAUGUCCAACCCGCGUGCCGUGAAGCAGUGUGUGCACUACACGGAGACGGACCUGGACCACUGCUUCACACACGCAGCGCUGAGCGCUCGUGUCUCUGAUGAGACGGCGUACGAGGUGGUUCGUGCUCAGGAGCUGAACGCUCUGCUCGGACCUAAAGGAAGCUCGACUGCCGUGGAUCUGAUCUGUGAUCUACACAGCAGCACAGCCAACGUGGGGCUGUGUCUCAUCACCUGCUCCGACCACGACUGGAUCUGUCUACACAUCUGCAAACAUCUGCAGAGGGAGAUGGCCACUAUUCCGGUGAGGUACGUCCACUACGAUGUUCCUCAGAGUGAAUCCAGCUCACUGUGCUCGAUCGGUAAACAUGGAUUCGCCAUCGAGAUCGGCCCUCAGCCGCACGGCGUCAUCAGAGCCAGCGUCUUCACCGCCAUGCAGGAAGCGGUUCAGCUAACGCUCGACUGGGUGCGGCUGUUCAACUCAGGUAGCCAGUUUGAAGGAGGUUCGGUGGACGUCUAUACGAUGGUGGAAAACAUCGAUUACCCUCAGGAUCCUGACACACGCCACAUCACAGCCGCCGUGCACCCCGAACUUCAGGAUCGUGAUUUCUGUCUCCUGCACCCGGGCGACCCGGUUUUCCUCUCUUUCUCCGGAGAGACUCUGAGGUACAAGGGCAGAGAGGCGCUCUACCCGUUCUUCAUUAACGAGUGCUUACGCUACGAGAAGGGCGUGGCUCUGUCUCUGGCGAGGAGAAGGAAGGUGGAGAUCCCGACCAUCCGGUGCAGCAGGACGUGAAGAAGAGACUCAGAAUAAACGUGGACGUGAUGGACUGGUGAUUACAGGAUGUACUGGACUUUUAAUUAGUGUAGAUUAGAAAUGAAGUGUUGGUGAGUGCACGGUUAGUUUUAAUGUAAAGUAGAGAUAAGCGUCGAGCCUCCCUCCCUCAGGCGCUGAGUGUGAUAACUGGGCUCCCCAUCACCAUAUAAACACAAGACCAGACAACAGAACACGCUGGAGUUUUUAUAUUACAGUUUUACACGUAACACUACAUGCAAACCUCAGGAAAGAACGUCACGGUGUUGCAUAAUAACAUUACGGGAUACAUUCA